AUGCACCCACACACUCUCCUAUCUCUCAUAGCCACAGCCUCCAUAUUCUCCAACACCCCCGCAAUCCCCCUCGCCAGCCAUGGAUCCCCAGUUCUCGAUAUCCGGAUCCCCAAGCUAGCACGCAGACAGCUCGGCGCAUGCGUGGACGGGCUGUGUGCCACUGGCCUCUGCUGUUCGCAAUACGGAUACUGUGGCACGGGUCCAGAUUACUGCCAGGCGGGAUCGUGUGUUGGGGGCGUGGGAGGGAAUUGUACUAUUGGACUGUGUUGCUCGGAAUAUGGCUAUUGUGGUAGUGGUUCCGAGUACUGCACUCCGGCUGUGGGCUGUGGGACGGGACCUGCGUGUGCGGUUGGGUUGUGUUGUAGCCAGUGGGGAUAUUGUGGGACGGGAUCUGAUUAUUGUGGUUCGUGA